AACCUAUACAUACAUCUUCAUUCGCCCUCCGAAUCUAACCUUUUCUUGCAGAAAACUCCACUUCGAUUUCAAACCCACCUCAAAUCUCAUCACCAAUCACCAAAAAUCAUGGGCCAGGGAACUCCCGGAGGCGGAUUAAACCGGCAAUCAAACAACCCAUCUGACCGGAAAAACCAAGAUGACCCAUCAAAAAAAGAAAAGAAAUUUGAGCCGCCAGCACCACCAUCAAGAAUCGGCAGAAAACAGAGAAAACAAAAGGGAAGUGGGCCAGAAAUAUCAGCAAGAUUGCCAACAGUUACACCACAUUCAAAAUGUAGAUUAAGGUUGUUAAAGCUCGAAAGAAUUAAGGACUAUUUGUUAAUGGAGGAAGAAUUUGUGUCGAAUCAAGAACGAUUGAAACCGCAAGAAGAAAGGAGUGAAGAAGAUAGAAGUAAAGUUGAUGAUUUGAGAGGAAGUCCAAUGAGUGUUGGCAAUUUGGAAGAAUUGAUUGAUGAAAAUCAUGCGAUUGUUUCGAGUUCGAUUGGACCGGAAUAUUAUGUUGGAAUUUUGUCCUUUGUUGAUAAGGAUCAACUUGAACCUGGGUGUGCUAUCUUGAUGCAUAAUAAGGUUCUUUCUGUUGUUGGGCUUCUUCAAGAUGAUGUCGAUCCCAUGGUUUCUGUCAUGAAGGUUGAGAAGGCUCCUUUGGAAUCAUAUGCUGAUAUUGGAGGGUUAGAUGCCCAAAUCCAAGAAAUAAAGGAGGCAGUUGAGCUCCCUUUGACUCACCCUGAACUAUAUGAGGACAUUGGGAUUAAACCUCCGAAAGGAGUUAUAUUAUAUGGAGAGCCUGGAACAGGAAAGACCUUGCUUGCUAAGGCGGUGGCAAACUCCACAUCAGCAACUUUCUUGCGCGUUGUUGGAAGUGAGUUGAUCCAGAAGUAUCUUGGAGAUGGCCCUAAAUUAGUUAGAGAACUCUUCCGAGUUGCAGAUGAUCUCUCACCAUCUAUCGUUUUCAUCGAUGAAAUCGAUGCCGUGGGUACCAAGAGGUAUGACGCCCACUCCGGCGGUGAACGUGAAAUUCAGAGAACCAUGUUGGAGCUUCUGAACCAGUUGGAUGGUUUUGAUUCUAGAGGCGAUGUUAAAGUUAUCCUAGCUACAAACAAGAUUGAAAGUCUUGACCCGGCCUUGCUUCGACCUGGCCGUAUUGAUAGGAAGAUAGAGUUUCCCCUCCCUGACAUUAAAACCAGGAGACGCAUAUUCCAGAUUCACACUUCAAGAAUGACUUUGUCGGAUGAUGUCAACUUGGAAGAAUUCGUUAUGACCAAAGAUGAGUUCUCGGGGGCUGACAUCAAGGCUAUAUGUACCGAGGCCGGGUUACUAGCUUUAAGAGAACGCCGGAUGAAGGUGACACAACCUGAUUUUAAGAAGGCAAAGGACAAGGUCAUGUUCAAGAAGAAAGAGGGUGUACCAGAAGGACUAUAUAUGUGAGAUAUUGCAUAAGUUUGGUGGAACUCUUUCAGUCUCAACGACACGUUUAUUUCAGCUGUGUAAUGUUAUUAUUUUUUUUAAUGGUGAUGUAACUGUGAUAUUACUCUCAUACUGAGGGUGGAUGGAAUGUCGCAUUUUCGGCCUUUUCUUUUAUACAGAAAGACGUGUAUGAUAAUAUUCAUCCUCUUUGUAGAAUUACUUCAGAUCGUGUAUUUCUGGAUUCAUGUCAUAAGUUCUCAUCAUUCAGUUACCUUGUUUAAUUUUCA